AUGUACGCCGCCCACAAGAAGGACAUCAACCGCCACAAGAGCUUCCACCCGCUGACGUACCGCAACCUCAGCAAGGUGGAGCAGCGGCAGGAGGCGGAGGCGGCGCAGAAGAAGGCGGCCACCGAGCGUGGCGAGGAGCUGCGGCGAGACCAGGAGCAGCGCCGGUACGAUGACCUCGUCCUCGCGGCCUCCGCCGACAGCGUUGGCGGCCAACUGGCAAAGUUCCGUCAGGUGGAGAACAUAUUUGCUGCCGAGGCAAAAACGGGGCGGGCCGACGGUUCCGCCUCCGCCGGGAACGCCGAGGUGGCAGGCGUUGCCUCGUCGCUUGUGCGGAGUGGCGCACUCGCCUUUAGGAAGGAGGAGGCAGGCAGUGGGCGCAAGCGUGGGCGCGACGAAGGAGUCCCGUCGGCCGGCGCGGGGGCGGCGGAUGCGGCAGAGAAGGAAAAGAAGGUCGUGACGGGGUUCAUGUCGACAAGCGACGCGGCGCAGCUCCGGAAGGAGUUGGACAUGCUGCAGAAGGAGCGGCACGACCCUCUCAGGCGCAUUGAACAGUUUCAGAACCGCACCGUUGCGGCGGAGGCGAAGCGCAGAGCACUCGAGACAAAGUCAGCGGCGCUGGCCUCUGCGGGCACCGGCGAGGACAUGGAGAAGGACGCCAUACGCGGUCGUAUUCACGAACUACUGCAGAUGAAAAGGCGGAAGUGA